AUGUCUCUUCGGAUUUCUACAGCAUCCAGAAGAAUUUCUUCUUAUGCUGGGGGUGAUGGAGGUGUCAAGCUGCCGAGCAUUGGAGGCAGCAGUGUCCAUGGCUUUGGUGCGAGUUCUGUGGCAGGGCUAGGCAGUGGCUUUGGUGGAGCAGGCUUUGGGAGCGGAGGAGGCUUUGGGAGCGGAGGAGGCUUUGGGAGCGGAGGAGGCUUUGGGAGCGGAGCGGGCUUUGGGAGCGGAAUGGGCUUUGGGAGUGGAGCAGGCUUUGGGAAUGGGAUGAGCUUUGGCAGUGCCUCGGUGGCAGGUAGUGGUUAUGGAGGAGCCUAUCGCCCCAGCUCUGUGGCAAGCUUGGGUGGUGGAUAUGGUGGAGGGGACAGCGUCUUUUUGGCUGGGGCUGAAAAGGAAACCAUGCAGAACCUCAACAACCGCCUUGCAAACUACCUGGAAAAGGUGCGUUCUUUGGAGGAAGCCAAUGCGGAGUUGGAGCUGAAAAUCCGCCACUGGUAUGAAAAAAAUGGACCUGGAGCUCCUGGAGUGGUCCGGGAUUACAGCAAGUAUCAUCAGAUAAUUGAAGAUCUUCGCCAUCAGAUUAUGAACAAGACGACUGAGAAUGCCAACAUAGUCCUACAGAUUGAUAAUGCCAGGCUUGCUGCUGAUGAUUUCCGCCUCAAGUUUGAAAAUGAGCUCUUCCUUCGCCAGAGUGUUGAGUCAGACAUAAAUGGUCUGCGCAGAGUCCUUGAUGAUCUGACCAUGAACCGCUCUGACCUGGAGGCACAGCUUGAAAGCCUCACCGAGGAACUGGCAUAUCUUAAGAGGAAUCACGAAGAGGAAAUCACUAUGCUAAAGAGUAACUGUACAGGCGAUGUCACUGUCGAAAUGAACGCUGCUCCAGGAGUAGACUUGACUAAGCUACUGAACGAGAUGAGAGCACAGUAUGAAGACCUUGCAGAACAGAAUCGCAGAGAAGCUGAAGAGCAAUUCAACAAAAUGAGUCAACCACUGCAGCAGCAGAUCCACGACGAUGCUGGUGCUGUAAAUUCUGCCAGAAACGAGUUAAUUGAAUUAAAACGCUCCCUUCAGUCACUGGAAAUUGAGUUACAAUCCCAUCUUGCUAAGAAAGCCUCUCUGGAAGGCACACUGGCAGAAACUGAAGGAAAUUACAGCAGUCAACUUCAGCAGCUGCAAAUGCAGGUUAGCAGCCUGGAAGAACAGCUACAGCAGAUCAGGUCUGAAACUGAGUGCCAGAACUCAGAGUAUCAGCUACUACUAGGCAUCAAGACUCGACUAGAAAUGGAAAUUGAGACAUACAGGCGCCUACUGGACGGGGAGAGUCCGGCCCUUGUCAAAGAGGCACCGUCGGGAAUCGAACUCUCAACUGCUAGCUCCACAGCCAGGGUUAAGACCAUUGUGGAAGAAGUGGUAGAUGGCAAAGUAGUUUCUUCUCAAGUGAAAUCAGUUGAAGAAAGAGCAACAAAAUGAGCAGCAUGAAAAAUGGAAGAGGGGACCUAUCUGUGCAUGCAUCAAGGGGGAAUCCAAGUAGAUUAAGACUUCCAGGAACCAGAAUCUAUUGCAUCUUGGUGGCUUCUUGCAGAUAUGGGUUC